CGUUUCCGUGGAAAUUAGGUUCAUUUCAACCGGUCGGCACGCCCCCAAAUCAAAAAUUCUGUCCAGAGAAACCCUAGAGCUGAAACAUCAGCUUUUUAUAAACCCUAAAUUCAGAAAAAAAAAAAAAAAUUAAUCCCCCAAAGAAAGAAUAGGAAAAAUGACGCAGAAGGGGGAUUUGUUCAAAGGGAAGCAGAAGAAGAAGUCAAUUCCUCCAAGUCGCCAUGGAAAAAUCUGCCAUACUCGAAAGGGGAAGAGAGUUAUAAAGCCGUCGAAGGUGACCAAAGAGAUGGAAACUGAUAAGGAGCUAAGUAAGUUUAUAAAUUACUGCAAUGAGGUAAAAGCGGCGACGGUUGCUAACAAAGAAGGUGGUCAAUUGAGCAUUGUUAAACCACAGGCAGAUUCGUCAACUGGUGGCAAGAAGUAGACGAAGCACAGCUGGCAUAAUUAAUUUGUUUUUUGUGUUAUAGAGGCGCAAUUUUCUUCGACGUUUGAGAAAAAAAGUGUAUAAGAAUAGUAGUUCUGGUAAAAUCGUGACCAUCUUUCUGCUGGUUUAUUUCGUUAGUGUUCUGGUCUGUGUUAUAUUUUUGGAACUGAUUUUGCAGAUUCUAGGAUGCCUGAAAACUAUGAACAGAUUCAAUAUUCUUUACCUCGUUCGAUUGUUAUUCUGAAAUGUGAGUUUGAGUUCAUA